AUGGAGUGGGAUAAACGAGGGUCUCCUAACACUGGAAUCUAUCAAACCGGUUACUCUCAAUUCUUCGAUGCCUAUACAGACCAGUGCGAGGGCACCUCGUUCUACAUUAUCGACUUUCUUGGGCCGAAGAUUACAAAAGACCUACGAAUGAAGUUAAACAGGCUCACUCACGAGGUCAAUUAUGUCAUUUCAUACUAUGCAGACCUCUUGAACUCCGAGCGUCUUUCAUCCGCUAUCAGCUUUGUCGACGUCGACAUCGGUUACAAUAACCAUAGAUUCUGCCGACAAGGUGUUCAGGAGCCGCAUCAUCAUAAUUCAGACACAAACUUUUUCAAUCUCAACUUGCUCGCGUCAACAGACAACAAGACGGUAAUGGUCAGCGAUACGAACAUGACGAUUCCCCGCGAAAAUGCUACGGCCGAAUGGAUUGACGCCAACUACGGUGAUGGCGUCCACGCAUCAUGGGCGUGGGUUAUGAAGACCUUUCAUCCGACUGAAGCGGGAUUUACUCAUACGAAGGAUAUAUCGAUGUACCCUAAGCUGCGCUUCCGAGACGCCAUGCGAUUCUGGGGGUCAACUUCGAGUAAAGAUGUUGAUCUUGUGGUUCUAGGUGACUACGUUGCAUUUGCCUCCCAAGAUCCGAACUCCCCCAUUUAUCAAGGAAUCAUCCCACAUUUGAAAGCCAUCUUCCGAAACUAUCGAUACUAUGGCAUGCCUCCUGGGUCGAAUGUUCGUGUUAGACCAACGUUCUCUGGUUCACAAAAGCCACAGAACGCCAACUCAGCGUUCCACGAAUGCUACAAACUAGCAACCAUCGAUGAAUUGCACGACAAAUUCGUCGACUCGCCUGAUUUCUCUACCCGAAACAAGGUCAUACUUCUGAUGGCUGGAACCCUCGACGUAUUUUAUGAUAUAGAUCUGGACCACUGGCCUGACCGUUACCCCGGCCUGGUUCAUGAUAUUUUCGAGAACGAUCAUGACGCCAAGAUAUUUGCUGGCCACAUUCCCAUGAUAGGUUACAAUUCCGACGACGACGAAUCAUUUAAGUGGUAUGGACUCCAAAAAAGGAUUGCACAGUUCAAUGCUCGACUCAAUGCACUUGUUGAUCAGCUAGCAACGGAACACAGCUACCGCAUCAUGACCGUUCACACUUCGGCCACCACAAGAAAGCACCUGGACGAAGAUCUGAUCCUGCCCAAUGCGAGAGGAUAUCUUCGCAUUGCACUUAACUUUGUCGAGUAUAUGGCCAUGGCCGCGAUGAUGGGAUGGUUUGACACUGGCUCGCGCGGGGCCUCGAAUAGCAUAACUUCGAGCGGCAUAGCCAGUCAAUUUAACGUCACAGCAACGCGUCCCGGGAACAACAACACCCUUGUCGUAGACAAAGUUACCUGCAACCAGGAGUUUGAGUUCUUUGCAGGACAGGGUAUGCCAUCAAAGGAAGACACUCUCAAGUCAAUCCUGUGA